UUUCACUCUACUACUAGCACGCUAGUGCUACGCUAUUUUAUACUACAACCACUGCUGUGUUGGCGUGCAUCCUUUGUGAAGUUUCCCGUGCGAAGCAGGGCAAAGCCACCGAGCGAACAACAGCUUUCGGACGUGGAAAGAGACUAUCUGUGACCAAACAUUCGUAUAUUACGCGGGACAGUAUGCUGGAAGUUUCCAUUCUAUCCAUUGAUACAAGUGUCGAUUUUAUUUGGUGUUUGACAACACCUUUCAAACAGUAAUUUACGUUUAAAGUGUGAUUUCAGUGUUAAAUUGAAGUCAGAUAAUUAUUAUUGGACUUUCGCUAUCUGUUCCUAGUGGACUAUUUUGACGAAAAAUUGAAUCCAACAAAAAGAAGUUGUAAGUGUGUCAAGUACAGUAAUUAUUGGUGUUUCCAUCUGAACCCAAAGAAAAGUGAAAACAAACGAAAGUGUGUGACGAACGUAUUGUGAUAGUGUACCAAAAAUCCCCACCACGAAUAGGUGCACAACAUUCAACAAAACGAAUUAUAAGCAAUAAAGUAAGAAUAUUGUUCUUAUCACCAAUUAAGUGAAAUAUUUCAAAUUAGCCAUAAAAACAAAAACAAAACGUUAAUAUAUUAAGAAAGUGACUAAUAAAAAGUAAAUUUGCUUCAAGAUUAUUUAAAAAACACGUUAAGUAAACCGCGCCGUUUUUUCGUUCUGCUAGAUCGAUCUAACGUAUUUUUCAUGCAAACUCGAUUAUCCGUUUGUACUCGAAACGGUUCAUCCGUUUUGAUCGCCAUUUUGACAGCGUUCAUCUAGAAUUACGCAACCAACAAAAAGUGAUGUGCAAAAGAUGCAAUAGCAAAAUGCUGUAAAAAUUCGCAGUUUUUUCCUUGUUAGCAGUGUAAAACAAAGUAUUUUUGUUGUUUAAUUUGUAGUACGGGACAAUUAAAACCAUAAAACAUCGAAUAAUUAGAACUUUUGACGGUUUUUGUUAGUAGAAGUGAAGAGUUUUAGUUUCUAUGUUUGGAUCAACAAUGGAGGAACGCUGAAAAACAGAUAUCGUAGAAGUUGAUUGUGGUGCAGGAAAAAAGGGUUAAAUAGUUUUGUGAUUAUAAAUUGUGGACAAACGAAAUGACAAGAAUGCUCUGCAGUGCAUAAAACUUAUAGUGAACAUGGAACUAUAUAAUCAUAAGUGAGUUUAUUGAACUACUUAACUUUAUACCUAAUUUACUGCAUAAAAUGAGUGUGGACUUCGAAUACGCAGCACACCGUUAGCUUUGUACAGUUAUGCCUGGAAAACCAUGUACUCCUGAGUGCGGUAGAAGUGUGCCUUGCAGAGGCAUGUUGGGCUCUACUGCUAAUGGUCGUUUAAUGGGCCCUGGUGUUGGUUCAUCAACGUCGUCGUCAUCGUCGUCGUCGUCACUAUCUGCCACUGCCGCACUGCAACAGCAGCAGCAGUCGCACACACCGCAACAGCAACAACACCAGCUUAGCCACCAUCCAUAUUCGGGCCUUCCGUCACACCACCAUCACCAUCCGCUGCAGCCACAACAUCCUGCACUUUCUGCCCACCAUCAUCAUCGGAGCAUAUGGCCAUCGUUAGGUGCAGCCACCGGCAGAUCUGCAUUCGAGUUACAGACCGCAACCAAUGGCGAAGUGACAGAAUCUCUUUUUGCCGCCGGAGGUUAUAAUACGCCACCCGCCAGUUCACCAUUUCUUCCCUGCUCACCAUUAGAGCUUGUGGCCAAAAAUUUUCACAGCGCCGGAGCUGCCCUCUCCUUCAGUCAGGCUAACAGCAGCAUCUUCGUGCAGUCGCAAACCGAUUUCAUCAAUGGCACAACAGCGGUCGCGAAGAAAACCGAAACCUGCAUCGGACGGUGGGAGCACGGCCACAUAGAACCAUUGCAGAUACAGGUUCCAUCGAACUCAUUUCUGCCCACGGGUACGACCGGCAGCUUCGCACUCAAUUCUCCCGAGAGCGCUAGUUCCGGCGAACGAUUGCCAGUAGUCGGUGGAGGUCAUCCGCCGUACCGGCCCUUGAAAGCGGACGAAAACGGCAACCAUUACGACGCGUUCCUUCGCAGCUACUGCAUCGAGCGUGAGUUUCAUCACCACGAACAGUUGCUGGCGUCGCUUGGAACGGACGGCUGUAAGCCGAAACUUCACCUUCCACCCGUCGACGAUGCGAAGCUGCUCCGUCGGGAGCAUUCGGAACGGUCGUCCACCUUCGAGACACGUUACGAUUCGACGGCUCUGCUAAGCCCGACCUCACCCACUACCACAACACCCUGCGAGUACGGUAAGCUGAAGCGCAAGCUACAUACGCUACUGCUCGAAACCGGCCACCCGGCCCAGGUCCUGUCGAACGCUUUCGAUGAUCGAUCGCCAACAGGCCAUCUGCAGACGUCACACACUCCACGGCAACUGGCUUCCGGUCCGAACCAGCGCCACCUGGAAGCUACACCAGCGCCGGAACUUGCGAGCACACAGCAACCUGCAACCGUUGAUCGGCAGCAGUGUGAAACAACGUAUAAACCCACCACCGCACCAACACAAGCGUCGCAACCAUCGGCACGUGAAACAACAGCGCCAUCGAGCGAAGCUGUCAAUCAUAGACCACGGCGCCGUUGGGCAGCAUUACAUUCGGCACACGCUAAAGCGAACGGUCACGGCAACGAGAACCGGGUACCGACGCCACCCCGAUCGGCCCACCGUCCUGACAGCGUUGCAGUGGAAACUGCGCCUUGUAACGCUUCGUCCGGUGCCUCUUACCGACCCAAGUCACCGGGACAGCAGUCCGCAGCGCUGCGAGCGGUGCAACGUCUUCCGAAGAAACGACGCUCGAUAAGAGUCGAUCGGAUAGAGGACUCGGCCACGGUUCAUCGUGACACGGACAGCAAAACCGUUGUUCACAUCAAACGUGAACCGUGCCAGGUGUCGGAAGUGACGACAUCAAAUAGCUUCGAAUCGUCCACCAACACGACGGCCCUGAAUGCCAUCAUAAAGAUCGAAGCAUCGUCUCCGAAGGCCUUGACGGCUGCCGGUACCACCAACGGCACCGGCAGUGCCACCAAUUUCCCCAACAACGCAUCGGUCGCAAGAAGCAACCUGCUGACCAGCGCCAUCAUUAGCAACGUUACCGUGGGUGGCAACAGUGGUGGUACCGUCGGUUCGAACAUCGGCACCAGCGGUGGAGGUGCCAGCGCCGGCUCGAGCACUGUCGCCGCCACGAUGGAACAACUCGGGCUAGCGUCGGCCACCAACAGUCAACAUUCGGCAUCGCAGCAACCGCCCGGCACGACGACGACGGCCACCGCAGCCUCAUCGGCCGCCUCCAUCCCCGUGGGUAUUGCGGUCGCCCGUCAACGGCUGCAGGAAAGUGCGGCCACACCAUCACCCCAGCUGCACCAAAGCAAGGAGCUGAACCGGUACGGCUUAGGGCUGGCGGCUGCUGCAGCCGCUGCCGCCGCCGCCGCAGCUGCGGCCGCGAAUGGUAGCUCCUUGAAUGGAACUGUCGGUACAACGGCUGAUUUGGGCUGCGCAACGCCCGGCCUGAGCCAGAACAUGUUUUUCACCGGCGCGAACUCCACCAUGAUCCCCCUCGGACCGGACGCGGUUGCGAUGGGCGUGACCAAUGCGGCGGUCCAAAACGCCGUCCGCACGCCACCCGCCCUCUGGCAGUAUCCUGCUCCUGUCCCCAUGGAAUCGAUGCUACCAAUGCCCCCGAUACCACCGCCCGUUGGGUUCCAGCUAGUGCGUGAUCCCACCACCGGCCAGAUUCUGUUCCUUCCAGCGGCGGCGACAAUCGCCAAUCCGUCAAACCUCCUAGAUAAAAUCUAUAUUUCUUGUAUAGAACCAUUCCAACAAGCGGUCGUGUGGCCCUCGUAUCCGCAAUCGACCGCAUCACUGCAGUCACAGCAUCUGCUCCUGCCGCAACUUCCGCCCCAACAGCUCCAGCCGCCACCAUUGGCUCCGCUGCAGAUGUUAAGCUCGGACUAUCUGAGCACGGCCAGUACAACGCUCCAUCAGCAACACACGCAAACGCACCACAGUACACGUUACCUUGCCCUAACGUCCGAAUCGAAUGGCAAACGAUCAUCCAUCGCAAGCGGAAAGCAAUCGCAAACUACGACAGGAUCGAGUAGUUCGGGACCGGCCAGUACCUGCGGUCAGCCAACGAUUCCACUUCCAAUUCCCGCUUCUCAUACAUUUAUCAAGAUCGAAGAUUGCUCCUCCAGCGCAGGUCUUUCGGCCGCCUUGGGAGCAUCCACCGGGCCGACCCAUCUCACGACGUCUCUGUUCGGUUCGCUGAAUGAUGUAGAUAAGUCUAACGCAUCGACUGCAUCUGCCACGAACUCACUAGCGAAUGGUGCAGGACCUCACCCUCAUCUUGCACUACCGACGAGCAGUGAUCUAACGCCGCAGUUACUAUUUCAACCGGCCAAUCUAAUUCACAUCGCUCCACACCAUUCCGCCAAGUCACAUUCUGCGGGACACCCGCUGUUGGAGGCAUCGUCUGCUGGUGGAACGCUCAGUACUUCCGUCGCAAAUCCAACACCACCACCGUCGGCUCUGCCCGCGACUGUAACUCCGGCCCUUCUAAGUGGAUUGAGUCAUUCGUCGAAUGUCAGCAGCGCGCCACCACCGUUGGUAGCCACGACGGUUUCUGCAACGACUUGUCUAACACCUCCACCGGACACUACAACCACCAUGCAUGCCCAGACUGACGCAACCGACGGCACGUCGGUAUCGGUGGCGGAAGUAAUCGAGCCUCCGGAGGUACAGGACGCCAACAUACAGACGGACACACCCAUCAUGAGUGAGGACGAGAGUACGCAGCCACCCGGUGGUGCGGAUCCGGAAGCGACCAUCACCGAGGCAGCGGCCAUCAUGUCCACCGAAGCGACCUUGACGUCAGCUUACCAUGCGCUAGCGAGCGAGCAACCUCUGUGCCAUAGUACCCUUAUAAACAGUAGUGGAGAUUCGGCUAUCGAGCCGGAUAUGUCCACCUCUGGUUUGUUGAACGCCACCAGCACUUCCAACUGUGAUCAGGUCGACAUGGAGCUGGAGCCGACCAACAAGAGUGCACCUCCAACACCACUUCCUCAGCCACCGGUUCCGGUGCAAAAUGAACCGGAAAAUCUGUGUGUCGCUGCGACUCCCAGCAACGGUGGAGGACAGCAGCGAAGAGUGCCAAAGCUGGAAGUCCAUUCGCCUACCGGGCCAGGCCCAAUGGUGGUGGGUGGUGUGAGUUCAUUUUCCGGAUCCAGAAAUGAAAAGGACGCGACGGGACCAUCGAACGGACAUGGUCCAGUUAGUCAACAGGAUCAUCCGGUCGAUCUGAGCGGAUUAGAGCUACUGUCCCAUAGUAUUGAAGUGUUCCAGAAAAAAUCGUCACUGAUCAAGAAGGAACCGAUCUCACCCCAGCUUCCAGCAGAUCCUCCGGUCAGCGUAGUGCCAUCACUAGUCCCAGCAACACCAGCAGCAGCAGCACCCCUUUGCCCGGAGCUGCCCCAGUCUGCGGUGCCGUGCCAGUUAACACCAGCCAUGGUUCCACCGACCGUUCCCGAAGCGUUCCUUCGAGCGGAUGAACCGAUGGGUGGACUGAACCUGCUAUGUGCCCUGGCAGAACAACGCUUCCAAGAGGAGGGUAUGUUCAAUAAAGACUCUCCUGCCACAACCAGCAGCUCCGGCAGUAGCAAUAGUAGCGGUAGCAGCUACACGUCGACAAGCAGCUCCAGCAGUACAGCAUCACCUCCGGCAUCGCCACCGAAUGCCUGCGGGAAACCCAUUACCCAGCAGGAGUUGAUGAGCGCCGGUAUCUCUUCUCACGGCAAUUUGGCAACACUGAACCCGUCCGGAGCGCACGGAAUGGAACCAAUGUCUCGAAAGCGAAAGCACCACAAACAUUCCAAAGACACGAACGGUAAAAAAUCGAGCAAAAAAUCUAAACACGAUAAGGAACAGCGGCGGGCGGAGAAGCGCCGAAAGCAAAGCUCGGGAGGUACGUCCCCCGAUGGCGAGGAUCUGGAUGCGGAGCUUAAGGACAGUCUUACACGGGUCAAGGCAAAGCUGAACCGAUGCAACUGUAAGGAUGGUGAUGAGAAGGAUCACCGAUGCUGCCGUAACCAGUGGCCAUCGGCAAACGAACUCUUCAGUGUGAUCGAGUCGGACAUGAAGGAACGACUCGAGCGGAUAACACGACAGUGUGAGGAGAAAAAGCGCGAACUCGAACAGAUGAGUACGGCUGCGGUGGCGAAGGUAAAACCGCUGGCCAACAACAGCAUGGUGCGAAUCCCGGAGAUGGGAAAAACGUUUUUCGGAGGGUUUGGCACCGUUACGACAGCUGGAGGUAUGCUGAAUACGUUCGGUUCUGGAAGCGGUGUUACCGGGUCCGUUCUUGGACAUGGAUUGGGAGGCCCGAAGUUCAGUACGAUCCCUGCGCUCUCGCCCAAUUUUUCGUCCUCAUCUAAUUCAACCACCUUUGUGGAGCUGCCGAAGCUGAGCUCGGACACGGAUUCGAGUGGAAAGCGGGAAGAUGACGAUGCCUGCUCAAUGGAACGGUUGUCUUACUCGAAGCGCAAGGGAGGCAUCCCGAAGAAGCACGACGAACUCACCCUCACGGAGACGAUCGUCGCGAAAAAGCCCAAGAGUCUUGUCGGGUACAUACUCGCGUCGAAGAAUACACGCGUAACGGAUAGCAAUGUUAAGGAUGCGGCACAGCAGAAGGUGGAGAAGCAACACCACAACCAUUGGAGCCAUGUGCUGCACACACAGAGUGGCACAAACGGUGCCGGUGUCGGGCUUGGUCUGACCAAACAGCACCAGCAACACCAUAUCAGCGAAUCGAAGUUCAAAAAAUCGCCCAUCCAUUCGUCUAAGUUUGAGAGCACGACCAGUGACGACACUAGCAACCUUUCGGACAGCUCACUGAAGCCGCAGGUGAAGAUACGAUCGCCCGCUGCUGGAGUGUUUGCCUUCGAGGACGAAAACAGCAAACCAUCGGAUGCGUCCUUCUCGAUCUUUGGUGGCAAACCGUCAAUCUUCGAUAAGGUCAAGACGAACGCUACCGUUGGUCACCAUCAUCAUCACCACAACCACCACCAGGUGAGUUCGCUCGUCGGACUGAAGGUGUCACCGGUGAAGGCAGCCGUCGUGACGCCGCUGAUGAAGCCACACCACCAGUUGGUUGGAAACGGAACAGCCACCAAUGGUAAUUUGGUCAGCGGACCGGCAAUGAAGCGCAAGAAAUCGCGCAGCAAGGACCGUAAACGUCGCAGCUCGGAAAAGAAACGUAUCGAUCAGCGGUGUCUGCUGACUAGCGAGCAUCUGGGCAAGGAUAAGACGCGUGUACUCACCGCCAUGGGUGGAUUGUUUUAUGCCGGAUGUCUGAGUGCGGUUCAACCUCCGGACAUUUACGCAGUAACGCUCGAUGGAGAGCGUGGUAAUCGGCCCCACAUCAUGUCCCGUGAGGAAGUGUUGCGUGAUGCGAUAUUGGAGGUGGCACCAAAAUCGGUGGAUGACAUCAUUCCCGGGACGCGUCUGUGUGCCUACUGGAGCCAGCAGUAUCGCUGUCUGUAUCCGGGCGUUGCAGCCGAGCCCGCUUCGCCCGAUCCGGAAAAACGCUUCGUGAACGUAGAGUUUGACGAUGGCGAUAAUGGCAAGAUCGCACUCGAGGACAUUCGCUUCCUAAUGAGCGACUACCCGAUAGUCGAAUACGAUCCCAAUCCUCUUUUAUCGCUAGGCAAGCGUAAGCGCCAGCCAAGCCAUUCCGAACCGUGUCCCCAAAUCGGAACGCUCGGUCCGGCUGCGAUGGUGCCGCACGGGGCCAUCAGUCAACCGGUUCCGCACGGUGCCCAACCUUCCGGCACACCACUUACGGCCACCGUCACACCGAUGAUCUCCUCGUCACCGCUUGCGGGCGCUUCCACCAUCAACAGCUUCGCGCUGACGACGGAACGGGCCGAGAAACGGCUGCACGACGAAGCGUACCGAGAAGAGCGUCGUCGGCUGAAGAAAAUACGCAAGGACAAGCUGCGCCGGCUGGCGGCAAACAAUGUGGAACUGCAGGCAGCAGGUGCCGGGCCCGUCCACAAACACAAGAAGUCCAAAUCGAAAUGUUACGACGAGUUUUGCAAACAUCGGAAGCACAAAAAGCGACGAAAGCAUAAGAAACAUCACCGGGAAGCGGUUCCCUCGUCGCCGGAAGGUACGGUUGCCGAUGCAACCGCAUCGAUGGACGAUGACAUUUCGCAGGGCGACAGUGCAUCGCAGACGGCCGGUCAGUUCAGUCCACGAGCACCAGUACAGCGGGAGGGCAACACCACAUUUACUCCCGCCGCCGAAAAGGAGGACACACUAACGGAAGAGGAAGUCAGUUCCUCCGUAACGGAAAGCUCCGGAUCGUAUUAUCAACCACAAAAGAAGACCUCAACAACGGAACGGAAACCAUCGACUGAGCAGAAUGGCAGUAAAAUCGCUGCCUUUCUGCCAGCGCGACAGCUGUGGGCCUGGUGUGGCAAAGGCUAUCGUCGUUCGGCGGGUCGUGUGAAGAAACAGUUCUACAAAUCCAUCCAGCGCGGCAAGGAAACCAUUUCGGUUGGUGAUUCGGCCGUAUUUCUCUCGACGGGACGACCCGAUCGACCGUACAUUGGACACAUCGAAUCGAUGUGGGAAACCUCCACCAACAAUAUGGUGGUACGGGUGAAGUGGUUCUACCAUCCCGAGGAAACGCAAGAUUGUCCCAAUCUUAAAUAUCCGGGGGCUCUGUUUCAAUCACCGCAUGAGGACGAAAACGAUGUGCAAACGAUAUCGCACAAGUGUGAGGUAUUGGGGCUUCGCGAAUAUACCGCCAAGUUUGGUGCCGAUCCGAAGCAGUAUAGCUCGAUAUACGAUAAUAACGAUACCUACUAUCUAGCCGGGUACUAUGAUCCGACGGUGAUGACAAUCAAAAUGCAGCCGGAGAUCGAAAUAUUGCCUCCGAACGAAAGGUGGGUAACUACGACUGCUGGCGCGACGACCACUACAACAACGACAGUUGCGGUGUCAACCUCCACAAAAGCGACUACAACGCCAACGACGACGACAGCAAAGUCGCACACAAGCAACGGCGCUGGUAGCAUCAGCAGCAACGGUAACACCAAAGCAAGCAAUAACGUCGUUUCUGGCCAUAGUGUCGUUUCUGCUUGAACGGCUUCCAAGCUACGCAAUUUUCUUAAAGCAAUCCGGUUCGGUAUGGAGUAUGGCAAACGAACCAGGAUAAUUUACUAGAACGGAAACCAUGUACAUAUUAGUGCGCUCUACAAGAGCAACAGCAGCAACAGACGAAUGCAACAAAAGCUAAACCAUAUACAAAUCAACCUUAGUACAGGCACUUUGCAAAAGUGUCCAUAAGUCGUCUUGUAGGUGUUAAGUGGUACUUACUAAGGACUUUUUCAAAGCGAGAGGAUUGUGUUCAAAUUCGAUUUGAUCACCCCAUGACUAUGUAUAUAUGUGAGAAAUACUUCCGUAGCAGUAAGAAAUCGAUAGGAAUAGAACUCAUAUACGAACAAAAUAUUCGCCAUCUGGUGUCAUGUCCGCGCGGGUAUGAAAAAGCAAAAAGGGCGCAUUUUUGUGGCAAUUAAUUUAUUUCCUUAACAAUCGCACAAUAGCGUCGUGGUGAUGAUUGUGUGUAAAUAGUUAACAGAAAGUGAGCGAAAAACAACAAACACACACAAAUCCUUAUCAAUCAAUCUAUAAAAGCUGAAUGUCUAUUUAAUAAUCGUCUCGUUUAAUAGAGAAAAACCAUUGCCUAACAAGAAGCAUACAUAAUACGAUUUGGAUGGUUUAAAUCAGAACUGGUAAGGUGAGAAAUUGGAAGAAAACCUUCCGAGAUGAGGCGAACAUGCGAAAACAGAGCAGUUGUUCUCGGAGCUAUAUUUUUUUACACGGUACAAGCAUAUUUAUACGACUUACAAUGGAUAUGGCGUGAUACAUUUUUGUCGCAAAAGAUAUUGCACAAGCGAGGCCGAGUUAUUAGUAGAAAGCAUGGAUGUGAUGAUUUUACGUUUGUUCGUUAGUCGUGAUGGUUGGCAGCGUACCUUUCUGGAUGCAACAAAUAUUUUGGAAGGAAGCAUGUAGUAGUAACAACAAAAGAAUUAUCAUACAAACAAAAACACACACUUUUCGGAAGAGCUUUUUUGGAGAAAUCGACAUUACCUCUGCUAUACAAAGUUUAUAAAAAAACAAAGAGAAAAAACAAAAUUUUGAAGCAACAAAAAAAAGAAAGAAAACACUAUAUAAACGUAAAUUAAACAUUGGAAAAUUAAGGAGCAAAAGAAAACAAAACAACAAAAUUGAUACCACCAAAGUUUCUGGAGCCCCCUGAGGCGACAAAACAAAUUCGAAAAGAUCAUACUACGCGUCAAAUCAUGGCUGUUUUUAUGCUACAUGUGAAGUGCAAUAUUUGAGAUUAAGGACAACUACACCGAGCGGGAGACAACAAUAAUCGACUGUAGUGGGAAAUGUGCGUCAUUAAUUCUAUUUCAUUCAGAAGAACGCUCUUUCUUGAAUUUCAUUCCCAAAAGCAAUUAAGUUUGAAAGUCAAUCAAAACGGGGCAUACACAAAAUGCCUGCAAAUUAUCAUGUUGGUGUAUGUUUGAUUCUCUCCCCUUUUUGUCACGGAGUUCUUGAGAGAACAUAUAGAAUUAUAGUUAUACAGCUACCGACCGAUUCAACCAUUCGCUACCAAUAAUCUAUAACGAUGUAUCUUUGUACCAACAGAUGAAUGAUGAGUGUAAAAUCAGCAAAUUUAUAUUCACAGAAAAUCACAUAAAAACACAAACCUUAUUCGAAACUAAUGGGUUCCUAAAACAAACGCACUCUCGCAGAGGAGCAGAGUAGUGACGGUUUUAUCAAUGCAUAAUUUUAAUAUCAACCGGACGGUUCCUACGCUGUCCUUAGUCAUGUGCGUCCUCUGUACAAUAUGAAAAAGUGUAAAUAAGUUACGGUACAUUAGGGGCACCUUGCUAAUUGCUCUACCAGUCUCCUCGCGUUUACUAUAUCUGCUGUAAAUAGUUCGCUGCAUUUCCAACGUGGUGUACCGUGUGUUGCACACGGCGUGUGCAUAUUACAAAAAGCAGAAGACGAAUGCGCACGUAAAGAAAUUGCAUAGUUUAGUGUAUCGUUUAAAACACCGACGACGAGCUUUCAUUUUGAGUAAGAAUAAAAAAAGCAGAAAAUCCCCGUUUCUGAUAACAUUACGGCGCCAGUGUUUGUGUAAUAUAAUAAUUAGCUGUGAGGAACGUUGUCUGGGAGGCAGUCUGGGAAGCAAUGCAUUACAUACGAUCGAGUCUGGUCAACAUUUAACGAGGACGAUUCUUAAGUUAACUCAUUAAGGUACGGUUCGAUUAGAUGUAAUAUGUCUUUCGCAAAAAAUAAAACACGCAAUAAGAUUUUUUAUUCUACAUAAAUGAAAAACUCAC